GUUAUCCUUGAGACUCCAUUCCCCAGCAAGCUCAGCGUGCAGCUUGGGCUAUGGAGCCGCAAGUCGCAGAGCUGAAGCAGAAGAUUGAGGACACAUUGUGUCCUUUCGGCUUCGAGGUUUACCCCUUUCAGGUGGCAUGGUACAAUGAACUCCUGCCUCCAGUCUUCCACCUGCCCCUGCCAGGACCUACCCUGGCCUUCCUGGUACUCAGCACGCCUGCCAUGUUUGACCAGGCCCUCAAGCCCUUCUUACAGAGCUGCCACCUCCAACCGCUGACUGACCCUGUGGACCAGUGUGUGGCCUACCACCUGGGCCGUGUUAGAGAGAACCUCCCAGAGCUGCAGAUGGAAGUCAUUGCUGACUAUGAGGUACACCCCAACCGGCGACCCAAGAUUCUGGCCCAGACAGCAGCCCAUGUGGCAGGGGCUGCUUACUACUACCAGCGACAAGAUGUGGAGGCUGACCCGUGGGGGACCCAGCACAUAUCAGGUGUGUGCAUACACCCCCGAUUUGGGGGCUGGUUUGCCAUCCGAGGAGUGGUGCUGCUGCCAGGGAUACAGGUGCCAGAUCUGCCACCCAGAAAGCCCCCUGACUGUGUACCUACAAGAGCUGACCGUAUCACUCUGCUUGAAGGCUUCAAUUUCCAUUGGCGUGACUGGACUUACCGGGAUGCUGUGACACCCCAGGAGCGCUACUCAGAAGAGCAGAAGGCCUACUUUUCCACUCCUCCUGCCCAACGCUUAGCCCUGUUGGGCUUAGCCCAAACCUCAAAGGAACCUAGCCCUGCAUCCCCCAGGCUUCCCUUUACCACACUCACCCCCAAGGCUCCAAAUCCCAGAAGAGCCAGGGGUUGGCUCAGCCCCAGGGUCUCACCACCUGCAUCCCCUGGCCCUUGAUACCUUCUUCCCCUGUGGGAUCUUUAUUUAUGGUGGUACUUGCUAGGACUUAAUUGGUUUUGACAAAGCAAGAGAGGCUUUUUUUUUUCUAAGAAGUUUUAUUUUGGGUACGAGAUAACUAGUUUUCAUAAUUAUAGACAUCUUCAAUGAGGAUAAUAAGGCACAAGGAAGUCAGGUUUGGUCAAGACAAGUCAAUGACCAAGGCAGAAUCAGAAUUCCUACUUGCCUUGGAAUACAUGACACUUGCCUCUGUUACUAAGAUUCUACCUGUUACAGGGCCUGAGGGGCAACCAUCCCCUAAAUAGAACCCACCUCUUAGGGUUGCUGUGGGGAUUGAAUAAAUACAUGUAAAGCACUUUGAAACAGUGCCUGGCAUGUAGUAAGCAGUAUGUUGGCUGUUACUAAAAGCCCUGGGAAUCCUGCACUGUUGCUCAUAGGUCUAGCCUAGGUUCUGGAGGGGUGGACAGGUUUGAAGUAGCUGAUAAAGCUGUGUCUGGAAUGGCACCACAAGAUACACAGGAGGAUUCAGUUUUGAAUCUACCCUAGUCUCAAGAACCCUCAAGGAUCCUAACUUCUCCCUGCUGACAACUUCCCUCAGGACAGUGAUGUGGAUGAGAUUAAAAAGGACUGUUCUUGAUGAAGGCUAGAAACCAGAGAAGGUGAGAAGUGCUCAGCAGUCUACUUCUGCUACUGAAAGCCCUACCCAAGGCCACCAGCCCUGUGUUUUACCUUCCCUCCCCCUUUAAGUUCAAAAGGGAUAAAAGUCUAACUCUGUUCUUUUAGAGUAGAAAAAGCACUUAUCAAAAGAGGCCAAGCUUCUGUUUCCCAUGCAUCCCUCCUGCCAGUAGUGUAAACACAGAAGUCCAAGUAAUCUCAUUGGGACCUUAAACUGCAACCCAAUCCUGGCAUAAGUUACAGUGCCUGGCCAACACUAGAGUAGGGCUGGCUCUUCUCCCCUAGAUGUAGUGAAACGAAAUGUAACACCUUGGUUCAGUUCCAUUCCCUACGUCUACCUCUAUUUCCCCUCAGUACAAUUCCAUGAUUCUGAGCCAGGUCACGCCCAUUUUCCCAUAAAGAAGCAAAGCAAAGAGAAAGGAAAGGAAAGGAAAGCUCUCCAAGUCAAAGGCUAAUGCCCCCCAAAAUGAAGAAUCAUCAAGGUUUCAGUUCAAGUUUAAUAGAAACUACAAAAGAUCAAUGGGCUGAUGUCCCACUACUUGUACAUCAUACACAUCAGAUGGCCUCCCCACAACACAGCUCAGGCCAUUCCCACCCAAGGGAAGAAAGGCUGGCCUCCCAAACCCCUGUAGGAAGGGCGUGUCCUGUAUCACACAUCUUGGCUGAAUCUAAAGUCUCAUGUUUUAA